AGAUAUUUCCUUUGCUGAUGGAUAGAUGCUCGCCUGAGGAGCAGUCUAAGCUCGUCUGGCGGUAUAUCUGCAGUUUUCCCACCAUGCUACUUGAGGAAUUUUUACGUUGGACUACACUUUAUCUUACUUCAUAUGUAAAACUAGAUGUCCUACAUUGCAUACAGCUUAUGGUGCCUAAAGAAAGACAACUUCAAGAGGUACUCAUUUCAUGGGUUCAGCACAGGAGUUCUUCUUCUGGUCCCUACAGCAUAUAUGGAAAGAGGCAUCAACUUCUAGAUGGACUAUCCAAUAUGGACACACUUAACCGAGAAAUGCUAUUCAAUAAAGCUAGUUCGAUCCAUGAUAAUUCGGUGGAGGAACCCGCCAAUGGUAUUAACAUUUGGCAUGCUGCUCUGCGAAGAGAUCUCGAUCAAAUUGUUGAGGAAUUGCUUCAUUUAAUAUGUUCAAACUGUUCCAGAAGUUUGUCUUCAGUUUUUGUUCAGCUCAAAUUUAUUGUGGAUGUUUUGAUCUUCUAUAGCAAUUUUUUGGACAAAAUAUUCUGUAAUUUGUCAAAUCAUGAGGCUGAGAAUAGCAAACUUCUGUGGAAUCCACUCAUAGAUGAAUGCCAGAUUAAAGCUCUCCAGAGGUUGCUGCUCUAUGAAUCUCGAGGUUCGGCACAACUAGAAAACUUUGUCGAGAUGCUUUAUCAGGAACUGGAACCCCUUGUAAGAGGGCUGGGCAAAAACUUGAUGCUUCUUGAAACUGAGGUUUUCCCAUCCAUUACCACAAGUUUCACCGAUGAAAUGCAAAUGAGGUUACUCCAGGCAUGCUUUUAUAUGAUGCCACUCGGGCUGCUAAGGUGCGCUGUUACUUGGUUCUCGUCCCAUUUAACCGAGAGCCAGUCAAAAUCUAUUAUAAAGACAGUAGAGCUUGGAUUGCAUCCUGCUAUAAGUAAAUCUUUUACAUCUCUACUAUGCCAAUGGAUCCGCAUUGGUUAUUCUGGGAAAAGCUCAGCUGAAAAUUUCAGGGAAGAUCUGGAAGAAAUGUUCCAUGGUAGAAACUUCUACCUGGCUAAGCAAAAUAGGCAGAAAACUAUAUUCUCUGAUUGGAUGUUCAACCCAAGUUCAACAAGGAGAAAGAUACGGACAGACUUUCCGUCUUCUUCUGCCUCUGAGGAAACAGGAGAGAUGGACAUCCCCAUGUUCUUUUCUCAGAAGUUCAAAAGAAUGCCACCACUUCAAAGAAAUCUUGUGGAAGCUGACCAUGCUACUUCCAUGACUCUCGAAUAUAGGCCCAUGGAUGCUAUUUUUUAUUUCCAUAGAGGCCUAAUAAAAGAUUUGGAGUAUCUUGUCAUCUUGUCAUGUAAGCUGGCUGCAGAUGUUGGAUUUCUCUCUGAGUUUAAGAAGCAUUUUGAGCUUCUGCGUACCAUCUAUCAAAUUCAUAGUGACUCAGAAGAUGAAAUCGCUUUUCCGGCUCUGGAAUCAAAGGAAGCACUUCACAACAUAAGCCAGUCCUACAGCCUUGACCAUGAGUUGGGAUCGAAAUAUUUCACAAAAACUUCCAUAAUCCUGGAGGAGAUAUCUGAACUGCAUGAUCAGCAGGGAAGCAAUGAGACUAGAGCGCGGCUGGACAAGUUGUUUCUGGAAAUCCAUCGUAAUUGCCUGUCUAUGUGUAAGGUACUAUGUGAUCACAUGUAUCGUGAAGAAGUUGAGAUUUUUCCUUUGUUUAGAGAAAGCUUUUCGGUUGACGAAGAAGAAAAGAUCAUAGGCCGUAUGCUUGGGACUAUGGGAGCAGAGAUGCUUAAGAAAGUGAUAACCUGGCUAAUGGCACAUCUAAUUACUGUUGAGCAGCAGGCCAUGGUCUCUAUAUGGCUCAAGGUUGCUAAAAACACGAAGUUCGAUGAAUGGCUACGAGAAUGGUGGGAAGGUAUGGCGGAACAUGCUGUAUCCAGGGUGGAAGAGGGAUUCAGACCUCCUGAUGCCCCAAUGGAAGUUGUUUCGACAUAUCACAAUGGAGAUAUCCCAGGUCAAGUUCCUUCUUAUCGAGAUCCUCUUGGAGAAACUUUUGGUUGCAAGCACUACAAGAGAAAUUGUAAGCUUCUCACUCCAUGUUGCGAUAAGCUCUACACAUGCAUACGUUGCCAUGAUGAGCAAACAGACCAUUCAGUGGACAGAAAAGCUGUAACGGAAAUGAUGUGCAUGAAAUGUAUGGUGAUUCAACCAAUUGGGCAGAAAUGUAUGAGCCAGUCUUGCAAUGGCUUCUCCAUGGGAAGUUACUAUUGCAGGAUCUGCAAAUUGUUUGAUGAUGAACGGCAAAUAUACCAUUGCCCCUAUUGCAACAUAUGCCGAGUUGGGAUGGGUCUGGGCAUUGAUUAUUUCCACUGUAUGAAAUGCAAUGGUUGUAUGGGGAAGGCUCUCGUUGUACAUACAUGUAGAGAGAAGCGCAUGGAGGAUAAUUGCCCGGUUUGCAAAGAGUGCAUCUUUGCAUCAUACACUGCACUCAAGGCACUUCCAUGUGGCCAUGUGAUGCAUUCAUCUUGUUUUCAGAACUACAUUUGCUCUGAUUAUACUUGCCCGAGCUGUAGCAAGUCACUUGGUGAUAUGCAGGUGUUCUUCGGGAUGUUAGAUUCUAUGUUAGCAGAAGCGAAAAUCCCAGAAGAGUAUUCCGGCCGGACUCAGGUUAUAUUGUGCAAUGACUGUGAACAAAAUGGAACUGCCUCAUUUCAUUGGCUUUACCAUAAGUGUUCGAAUUGUGGUUCGUACAACACGAGGAUGUUAGGAGAUGUACUGAAAAGCAUGCUUUGAGUUGUUUGUAUUUGUAAAAUCUUGUUUUUUUAGAAUAAAUUGCUGUCAUGGUUU